AUGCCUCGUCAUCGACGUAGUAACACAUAUCGUCUUCGAGAUAGCCAGAUCGAUCCCCUAUUAACAUAUGAUGGUAUUAAAACAAAUCCAUUGUCAUGUAUCAAUAGUGAUAUUCUUCCAAUUGACAGUAAUUGUCUUUGUUUAGCUGAACUUUAUUAUGAACAUUGGGAUAUAAAUGUGAUUAGAGAGGAAAUUUUUCUUCACGAUCCAUUCAUUUUUUCUAAUAAUGAUGAAGAUAAUAUCUAUUUAAAAAAUAAAAUUCACCCAUUAAAAUGGUUAUAUGAUUUAAUCAAAAAUGAGCAAUUGUAUUUAUAUUAUUCAUUAGAACAAUGUACAUUAACACUUGUUUACUUGUUAAGUUCAGCAAAAAAUACAAAACAAAAUUUAAAUUUAUUUAUAUUUUAUUCUUAUUGUAAAGAAAAUGACAAAACAAACCGAUAUUUUAAACAUUUGUUUGUAUUCGAUGAUUAUCAAUCUACAUUACAAAUGAGUAAUAGUGAUACGAAUGCAAAUAAUAUUAUUGACUUUAUUUAUCAAGAAAUUCAAGCAACUACAAUGAUUAACAUGGAUAAUAAUAAUAAUAAUAAUUCAUUAAUUUCAAUCGAGUCUUUACUUAAAAAUGAUGUUAUUCAAUUGAAAGAUCAUCAAAUAAAAUCAAUUAAUUGGAUGCUUAAACGAGAACUAGAUUUAUCAUCAUCCAUUGUUUAUACGCCUUUACAUUGUUGUCAUGAUUUAUUCGAUAAUUUAUUUUAUGUUCAUAUUAUAUAUGGUAUACCAUUAGAAAAAAAUGACAUAAAUAAUUGGUCUAAUGAACAAUUCUCAUUAUUUGGUGGAAUACUUUCGGAUGAAAUGGGUCUUGGAAAAACAAUGUGUGUACUUUUAACGUCAUUAUUAAAUAAAUGUUCAAACUCGUUCCUUUCGGCAAAUUCUAUAGAUAUAAAACCAACAAUACUCGAUGAUAAUGAAGAUUGUUCAGCAAAUAAAAAAUUUAAAUCCGACGAACAACUAUCUCUUCCUUGUGUUUGUGGUAAAAUAGUAAAGGAAACAAAAAAACAAAGAAAUGUGCAAGAAAAUUCUAUUUUGCUUUGUUCACAAUGUUCUCGUUCAAUGCAUAAAAAAUGUUUUAUUCAGUCGGAAAAUAAUCAAGAAGUAUUUAUGUGUCCUUAUUGUGAACAACGUUUAACAGAUAGUCAACAAUUAUUAUCAACUGGUGCUACAUUAAUUAUUGCACCGGCAGCAAUUAUUGAUCAAUGGAUUGAAGAAGUAGAUAAACAUUUAAAUUGUCCCUUAAACAUAUAUAUGUAUGAAGGUAUUGUUAAUAAAAUACCAAUACCCGAUCGACGUUUUCUGGCAAAACAAGAUUUUAUAUUUUGUUCGUAUGAAAAUUUAAAGAAAGACAUUCACCAUAAUGAAGUAUGUUCAAAAGAACACCAUUCAACACGAACUCAAGUACGAAAAUAUUCAUAUUUGAUAAGUCCACUAUUGAAAUUAAAAUUCUGGCGUCUUGUACUUGAUGAAGCUCAAAUGGUUGAUUCGCCAAAUACACCAACAUCGAAAAUGGCUCGAUCUCUUGUAGCACAUCAUCGAUGGUUUGUUACUGGGACACCGUUUCAUCGUUCAAUUAAUGAUCUUGAAGGAAUCAUUCAAUAUUUAUUUCCAAUAAAUAGCGUACCACGCGAUCAAGUAUCAACAUUGUUACGUAAAAAGGAUAAAAUAAAUGAUGUAUUUUUAUCAUGGAUAAUGAAUUUUCUGAAGUUGAUCACUCGACGAACUUCUCGUCAAUGUUUAAAUGAUUUACCUGAACAAUAUGAACGUGUCAUAGGUUUGAAAUUCUCUGAACUGGAGAGAAUGUAUUAUGAUCGAAUAUGGAAUGAAUGUCGAGAUGAAUUUAAACGAGAAUUUCAGCACUUGUGGCAAAAAAGGGAAAAAGAAAGGAACGGUGGAGUUUUACCUGAACAUCCUGCAACAUGGACCUUAGAAUCGAUUGGUGAAGUCGAUAUGGAUGAUAUUCAUUUUUUAUCAUCAGCAGCUCGUAGCUGUCUUCAAACGCCAUUAAUAAAACUCCGUUGCUUAUGUGAUCAUCCACAAGUUGGUGCACAUGGUGUUAGACAUAACGAUCCAGCACUUGUUCAUUAUUAUAAUCGCUUUCAUCAUUCGUCGAAUAGACACUUUUCUGUUAGACGUCACGUUGAUUUAUUAGACACAAAUUCAUCGAUGAAUACAAAUGAUCAACCAUUUGCAAUGCAAGAUUUACUUGACCUAUUAACAGCACGUGAACUUGAGAGUGGAGAAGAUUGCCUUCGUCUUUCAUUACUUAAUUUUAAUGGUCUUGCUAGUAUUUAUCUUAUACAAUAUGAAAAUGAAAUUACUCGACCUUUAAAUGAAAAUAAUAAUAAAAAUAAUCAAUAUUACAUUAAUAUGGCUAUUCGAACAUAUGAAAGAGUGAUCGAAAUAUCAGAUACUUAUAAAGAGCCUUUUCAUGCUGAUUCAUUUCAAUUAGCUCAUGCUUAUUCUAAUCUUUCGUAUUCGAUUUCAUUAUUUCAAAAAAAUGAAAAUUCCAAUACUAAUAUUCAAAGUAAAUUUUCAAAUGAUGAAGCAUUACGUGAAUUUAAUAAGAUUAAAGAACGACAUCAAACACAAUCUGAACAUGAAAUGAGUGAAGCAUGGAAAAAUUACAAUGAAAAAUUAUUAGAACACAAAGAAGUUGCAAAUGAUAUUAAAAAUUUACUAAUAGAUAUAUCGGCAUGUAUUAAACCAAUUGAAAAUGAAAGACUUGAGAUACAUUAUCAUGUUAAUCGUGAACGACAAUUACCAUUUACAACAUGGAAUGGAUUCUUAUUAAAAUUAGUUCAAGAAUUUGAUAAAUUACAACGAAUUCGAAAAAAUCUAUUAAUUUAUAUUGAAACAUUAAAACGACAACCGAAUGAUAAUGAUGUUGCACACAUUGCUGCCUGUUCUAAAUGUGGUUUUGAUAAUGAUUCAUCAAAUGAAAAUAGUUGUAUCUUUUGCGAGUGUGAUACAAUUAUGAAAAGUUAUAAUUGCAGUAUACUUGCCUGUAUACUUGUACUUGAAAAGAAAAUACUUGGUACUGGUACUUGUCUAUCAAGUAAAGUAUUUGGUGCUUAUACUUAUACUGUAGGAAAAGUACUUGAUAGUUAUACUGGUAUUCAACCUGAAUUAUAUUCUGAUAAACAAAUAAAUGAUGAUGGUGGUACACAUUUGGUUUAUUUCAUAAAUGAAAUUCUAUCGAAAGCUUCAAUGCGUUCUCGUGAGUCGACUCGUCGAUUAGCAAAAUUGUUACGCACAGAUUGGAAUGAUUUAUUAAAAAGACUUCGUUUAGAAAAUUCAUCGGCACGAACAUAUUCUCAACAGUUAAAACAUUUAUAUUUAUUGCUAGAUGAAAUGCUUCAAUGUACAUCACGUCUUGAAUACUAUAGCGGUGAAUUAAAACAUCGCCCAAAGAAACGUAAUAAUCGUUUUCGUUUUAAUCCUCAAACUAUCGAAGAAGAGCGUGUAGAUCUGGAGCAACAAGCAUUAGAUUAUUUAAAAAAAGUUAUUAAACAUCGAAAACAAUUUAAUUAUUUUCAAGAACAACAACAAGAUUAUUAUCGUUCAAUUGCAGAAACAAAUAUUAUUUCAUCAGAACGAACAAAAUGUCCAAUGUGUCAUGAGUUAUUUGGUGAUGAUCGACCUGAUGUUUGUUUCUUUUUGUGUGGCCAUUUCUUUUGUCGUGAAUGUUCAUUACAGUGGAAACAACGUGAAAUUGAUCAACGAGUACAUCGAUCACACAUAAAAUGUCCUAUUUGUAUGUUUUCAUUUUAUUUAACUUAUAUUUUAAAAUUACUUUGUUUUUUUGUCAAUAUGAAUCUAGGUCGUCGCGAAAUUCCAAUCAAUUCCUUAGCCGUUCUUAAAUGGCAAAAUCAAAACUCUACAACAGCUAUGUCAUCACCACAAAAAAUAUCAAUGGAUAAUUCUAUGACAGAGGAUAUUUCAUCUCCACGUCUUCGCCGUUUAAAAGAGACCAAAGAAGUUUUAACUAUUCAAGGUCGUUACGGUACAAAAGUUGAUUCUAUUGUUUCAUUUAUUCUCAAUCUUCUCGAUGCUGAUAUUCAACAAGCACCAAAUAUAAUUGCAACAACAACAACAACAACGAUGUAUAAUCAAAAGCCUCCAAUAAAAAUUCUUGUCUUUUCGCAAUUUACUGAUAUACUCAAUGUUUUGGCUAUUUCACUUAAACUGAAUGCUAUCUCAUAUUUACAAUUCACAUCAACUAAAAUUCUUCAGCAAUUUCGACAAGAUCCAAGUAUAACUGUUCUUCUUAUGCCACUCGAAAAAGGAGCCAAUGGUCUUAAUUUAACUGAGGCUCAAGAUGUUAUUCUUGUUGAACCUCAAAUUCAUCGAUCAGUGGAAUUACAAGCUAUCGCUCGUGUACGUCGUCUUGGUCAAAAAUAUAAUACAUAUGUUUAUCGAUUUGUUGUUAAUGACACAGCAGAAGAAGUUGUACUUGCUAGUUCUCGAACAGCACAAACAAUACCAAUGAAUAAUCAUCAAACAACACAUGCGUGUGAUCAAUCAUUGGCAAGUCGUGCUUUGUCAUUCGCUGAUUUCGAACUUCUAUAUGAAAUAAAUAUGGCACGAAAAAUAUUUCUUAAAUCGGCAACAACAGCGAAUCAACAAUUAGAUGCGUCUCAAUUAUAA